AUGCGCACCUUCUCCUUCUCCUUCCCCUUCCUCCUCACCUCCUACUCAACCGCCGUCUCCGCCACCGCCUAUUUCAUCACCGUCUUCGCCCCCGGCACCGAAGUUGACGGAACACUGCUGAACGCCGCCGGCCAAGGGUUUUACGCCGGUACCUCGGGGCCCGCGACCUACUGCCCCCCGAGCGUGAAGUCGUGUCCCCAAGUGGGAGGCACACUCGUAUACGCCGGGCUGACUGGCAUGGCGGUCGAAGUCCCGGGCGGCCAAGCAAUCUACGUCGCCCCCUCGGGCCAAGUCUCGUACACCGCCGCGCAUUCCUCCUCCUCGCCCCCCGGCUCCACCGUCGGCGGCUGGUUCAACAAGACCGUCGUCUCGGACUGCGAGCCCUCGCGCGACGUGCUCGACUACAGUUUCGGCGGCGUAAAAGUGUGCCCCGACGUCGCGGCCUUCAUGGCCGGCACGGGCGCCAGCUACCAGCUCUACGUCGGGACGCAGGGCUUCAAUCUCACCGAUUGCAUCGAUGCCGUGGGGUUGAGCCUGAAGCCCGCGCCGGCGGAUGUGGGGUGUUGGCAGUAUAUCUGA